GCAUUAAGGACUAUGUAGGCUUCAGCGUGCGGAGCUUCGGUGAGACCUCUUACCUUUCUGCUGGCGCUUCAACUAUAAAGGGGGAGUGUGUCUUCUGUAGACGAGACCAUGACUUGAGAUGAUGAAGCUCAAGCUUCGCCACUUGAACGUAUCCGCCUACAAGUCUAAACAUGGAACCAGCCAAAGAGGACACCAGCCAACUAGAGCGAGGGAAAAGGUGUCCAACGAAGCGCAUAAUGAAAUUAAGAAACGACAACUGGGUUUACGGUAUAGGCGACCUCCGCGAAAUUUGGAAUGACUGUGGCUUUGAAGAUGUGGUAGGAGAUUACAACUUGCAGGACGGCGACGUCGGGUUUAUAAACGAUCAUUUGAUACGAACUAUUUCAUGGUUAUCUUCAAUACGUCAUGAUGAAAUGUCCCGCCGCGUCGUUGACUGGAUUAAAAAAAGGGAGAAAUUCGACGAUAAACUUCCUACCAUACGAGCAGAUGACAAGGAUCUAUCUUGGAUCGGUGACGAUCUCAUUUCGUAUAUGGACUCGUUGAGGAGAUUCGCGGCUCCUGUUCUAGUGGAAGGUGAAGAGAUAAAAUUAGAAGAAAACGAACAGAUGCCCUACGACGAACAAGACGGAAAGCCAGAUAUAUUUAAAUUCCGAAUAGCUAACGGGCACCUUCAGCUACGAAAUAAAGAGGGCACGGAAAAUGGGAAAGUGACAGUGAUGAGGAAGAGGUUACCUACAAGUGACCAAAUACAUAUGGAAGAGAUCAGAAUGCUCAACAGUCUACGGGACGCCAUAUAUAAAGAGAAGGAAGAAAUCCGAAUAUGCACCUGCAUCUGCACGGUUUACUCCAAUGAUAGAUCAACAGCGCAGUGUCUGUCAUUCUUCGCGGAGGACGGUGAUGUAGAGCGCAAACUGGCUCAAAUCCCCCCAGAUUGCUCUCUGCUGGAGGACUGUCUGCGUCAAAUCAAAGGAAUUGCCAGCGCGAUUGAAUUUCUACACUAUAGGGUUCAAUCAUCAAAUCCAGCGGAGGAAGAUUCACGUUACUGCCACUUGGACCUCAAGCCCGAGAAUAUUGUAGUUUUCCCAGGGCAAUCCAAAGUUGGUGUCUGGAAAGUCAUAGACUUUGGUAUCUCGAAAGUCAGGAAACCGACGACAUUUACUACCCUAGGAACGGAUCGCAAGCCUCGUAUUACGCAUACGGUAUCGACGAGUACUUACCAACUAGGAGGGGUCUUCCAGCCCCCUGAAAUCAACGAACAAAAUCAGAGGGUUAUGGGGCGUAGAAGUGAUAUAUGGUCCUUGGGCUGCAUCUUGACUGAGGUGCUUGCUGCGAACGUCAGAAGUUUGAGUUCGUGGCGAAACCAGAUAAAAUCACGCCGUUCAGAAGAUGAUGGCCUUUUCGGGGAUACGGACCAGUUUUACUACUACUAUGAGAAAUCCGAUCGACUAUGUAUGCCUGUGCAGUACAGUAAGUUGAACAAAGCCUUCCGUCAUGGAUUGAACGAGAUUCCGAACGUCGACGAUCCGAAUAACUUCAAAGUCUUGUCGAAAUGCACGGAACUAGUCAAAAGUAUGGUUGUGGUGAAGCGUUCUCACAGGUUAAAAUCCAAUCUAGUCGUAAGCGAGCUCGAAAACAUAUUGAACUCUAAGGCUGUUUUAACUAGCUAGAAGGCGGUUCUACCGAUGGGGCGCGACAAUUUAUAUAGCAUCUGGCGUUGUAGUAUUCACAUUUGAUUUGGAGGCGUCGCGAUUAUAGACAAGCC